AUGGUCCGCCGUGGGUCACAAGUGUUCCAGCGUCUGCCCGCCAAUCCUCAAAAAGCGGCUCUCCAAACGAACAAGCCCACUGGAGGCAUCUCGCAGUUUGCGGUCGCUCCUAACUCGAAACGGCAACCCACGUCCACUCCAGAGGACACGCCAACUCCGUUGCGUUGCAAAGACGAAUUUUUCGGUGGCCUAACUCGAAGUCGGCGACCUUCACAUGAAACCUCAUCAGCAUUUCCCCGUCACUCAAAGAUAUCAGGAGACCUUCUGGGCACCAUCACUGGCUUCUUCGGUCAUGACGGUCAUGAUGGGGAUUGCUGUGAAGUCUGUCGGACAACCAAGUUCGCUGACAACGCCGGCCACAAUUGCGCUCACUGUAACCGACGCACGUGUAUUCGGUGUGGCGGUUACUUUGGCCCGGAAGUAAGUUUCGAAAUGCUCAUACUGCUGGUUUCACAUUUCUACCUAUGA